GCACAUUGGAUAUCGUUGUUCUUGAUAUGCAAUGUUUGCUUAGGUGAACAAUCAGUUAUUAGUUGUGUAAUUUUGUAUAAAGGGAAAAAUUUGACUUCGACUUUCUUCUUUUGCUGGAAGAUUCUCUGACAAAAAUAAAUCAUGAAGGCUGUUUUAAUAUUAUGUUUGAUUUUCUGCGUCGCGGCAGCAAGAGACUAUUGUCCAACAAAAGACCCAGCUGUCUGCGUUCAAGCGCUGAACGAAUGCUGCAAAGAUUCUGACUGUGAAGACCAGAUAUGCUGUACCGAAAACUGUGGUAAUAAAUGCAAAGAACCAGUUCCAAAGCGAACAAAUGGAGAGCGAGUGACUUAUGGUUCCAAGUGCGAAAUUGCUCCAUCUUAUCAGAAAUGCAAGUGAUCAGAUUAUUGCAUCAAUUUACAAAAUAAUUGGCUACAGUUUAUAGUUAAUUAGUGUUUUGAAUAAAAUAUUUCCUUACAAGA